AUGCUGCGGAGGGGGCUUCAGGCCUGGGUGGUCCGCGUCGGGGUCCUGCUGGUGGCGGUAUGCUCCGGUCUCUCCCUCCUGUACGUGUUCGCCUGCAGCCCACACUCGGACGACGUCCUGGCCCCCCUGCCCCGGGUCAACGCUCCCACAGGGAAGGAGGGGUACCAGGCCCUGCUGCAGGAGCGAGAGGAGCAGCAUCGGCACUACAUCAGCAGCCUGCAGAAGCAGAUCUCCCAGCUGAAGGAGGCCCUAGAGCAGCGCAGCGAGCAGCUGAGGAGCAUGAAGGACUCCCUGAAACUGGCGGUCGGGACUCCGCCCUCCGGGCUCCUGGGUGGCGAGGCCGAGAGGAGCCGCGUCGACCUCCAGGAGUUCUUCCGCUCCCAGCUGUCCCGAGCCGAGGUCCAAGAGGGCACCAAGCUUCCCAGCGAGUACGCCUUGGUGCCCUUCGAAACCUUCACCCUGAACAAGGUGUACCAGCUGGAGACGGGGCUCACCAGACACCCUGAAGAGAAGCCGGUUCGAAAGGACUGCCGGGACGAGCUGACCGAAACCCUGGAGACUGCCCUACAGGCCUUAAACUCCCCCUGGGAGGGAGGCGACCCUGCUCACCGGCGGGUCUACUCACCUGGAGACUUCAUUGAAGGGAUUUCUCGGAUGGAGAAAGACAAGGGGACUCUGUAUGAGCUCACCUUCAAGGGUGACCGAAGCCGUGAGUUCAGGCGGCUGGUGUUUUUCCGCCCGUUCGGACCCCUGAUGAAGGUGGCAAGCGAGACGGUGCACACAGCCAACAUGCUUAUCAAUAUCGUCGUGCCCUUGGCCAGGCGGGUCGAGAAGUUCAGACACUUCAUGCGCAACUUCAGAGAAGUCUGCAUUCGUCAGGACAGGAGAAUCCACCUCACAGUGGUAUACUUCGGGAAGGAUCAGAUAAGGGAAGUGAAAGGGAUACUGGACAAGACCUCAAAAGAGAUGAACUUCAGAAACUUCACCCUGAUCCAGCUAAAUGAGGAGUUCUCACGAGGGAGGGGCCUGGAUGUGGGCGCAAGGGCCUGGAGGCGGGGUAACGUCCUCCUCUUUUUCUGCGACGUGGACAUCUACUUCUCCGCAGAGUUCCUCAACUCCUGCCGGCUGAACGCACAGCCUGGUAAAAAAGUAUUCUACCCAGUUCUCUUCAGCCAGUAUAAUCCACAUGUGAUCUAUGGCCACAAUAGUGCCAUACCGCCAAUAGAGAAACAACUGGUGAUUGAUAAGGAUGCCGGAUUCUGGAGAGAUUUUGGUUUUGGAAUGACUUGCCAGUAUCGAUCAGACUUCGUAAAUAUUGGUGGCUUCGACGUGGACAUCAAAGGCUGGGGCGGGGAGGACGUGCACCUGUACAGGAAGUACCUGCACAGCCACCUGCUGGUGGUGCGCGCGCCCACUCGUGGCCUCUUCCACCUGUGGCACGAGAAGCGCUGCUCCGACGAGCUGCCGCCGGAGCAGUACAAGAUGUGCAUGCAGUCCAAGGCCAUGAACGAGGCCUCCCACGGCCAGCUGGGCAUGCUCUUCUUCAGGCGCGAGGUCGAGGCCCACCUGCGCAAGCAGAGGCACCAGAGCCCAGACAGGAAGUCCUGACAGGAAGUGGUGGGGAAAGAGGGGGAGCGAGGGGACAGGAGAAGAGGACGUGGCAGUGACGGACAAAAUGGACAUGUGGGUAAAUUAUACCCGGAAGGAACAUGUGAGAGGAUGAAGGAAGGUUGUUGAAUUAUACACCUAAAGGUGAUGUGAGAGAAUGAGGGAGGUUGGUGAAUUAUAUACCUAAAGGUUAUGCGAGAGGGAGGGUGGCAGAAAACAUGAAGGGAUGAUGGGAGAGUGGGUGCCAGUCACAAGAGCAAGAAUGAAAGAAUGAUGGAGAAGGACGCGACAAUCUACGGAUAACAAGGGAAUAUUUCCAUAACAGCUUUUGUUUUGUGGAGGGGAAGUGUCCAUGUUGAGCCUUAACGACCUCCUUCUUGUCCACAGCACAGCCCCUGAUCUCAAAUACCCGCUCUGUAUUCUUCAAAAGGAGGAGCUGGGAUUACUCUAUAUUGCCAUAGAUGUGAAGGAUACAAAUGUCUUUUUAAACUUCGUUUCCUAAAAUAGAUCAGAAUUACAUAUGCUGAAUCCCUCAUUUCUGGGGGGCAUGGGAAUAGCUGUACUUUAUCACAGUCUCAUUUAUCUCCACUCCUCUUCCUGCAUCUUUUCAAGGUUGAAUUCUCUAUAGAGCAAUGUGCAGUGCCUGCAUCAACACCGUGGAAAAUCAUUUGACUAAUUUAAUUUGACUGGCCAUGAAAGUGAAAAGCCUGCUUGCUCAGAUGAUAAACUGUGCUGAUUAGGUCUCACAGAGUGGCCUGGAGGCACCAAGUGACUUUGGUUGAGUAGAUCACAGUUUUUGUAAACACCAGCUCUCGCUAUUGGUACAUUCAUCUCAAUCUGAAUCCUGAACUUCCAUUGGGGUUAAAGGGAAAUGCGCUACAAUGACACUUUUCAGUUGGCGCUGGUUUCCGAGGGUCUGAUGAAAAAUGAAGUGCGUAAAAACAACUCAUAUUCGUUUAUGACAACAGCAAUGUGAACUACCCCUUAAUGUUUACACUACGAGGUAUGACUGGUGUAAACUGCUGUAAAUGAAGGUAAUUUCAUCCUCUCAGAAUAGCAGAAUUAUCACAUUAUGCUCACUCAGGAGCAAGAAAUAUUCUUAUAAUAUUUUUAGAAAUAGUCUUAAAUUUCAUCUGAUUAGACCAUUGAGCAGACAUGUCACUACAUCGCACGUACAAUAGA